GUGACGUCACGGCUGUCAUAUGACCAGCCCGCAGCCCGGUGUGAAGUGAUAGCAGCCCGGCUUCAGGCCCCCGUGUCACAGUGUCCGCCCGCCGCCGCCAUGAUCAGCCUCCUGAACAAGCUGCUGGACUGGUUCCGGUCCCUGUUCUGGAGGGAGGAGAUGGAGCUGACGCUCGUGGGGCUGCAGUACUCCGGGAAGACCACCUUCGUUAACGUCAUAGCGUCUGGUCAGUUUACAGAAGACAUGAUUCCUACCGUUGGUUUCAAUAUGCGAAAAGUAACCAAGGGGAAUGUUACUAUCAAAGUUUGGGAUAUUGGGGGUCAGCCAAGAUUUCGCAGUAUGUGGGAGCGCUACUGUAGAGGUGUCAAUGCUGUUGUGUAUAUGGUAGAUGCAGCAGACUUGGAUAAAGUGGAAGCAUCGAAAUAUGAAUUGCACAAUUUGCUUGAAAAGCCACAGUUGCAAGGAAUCCCUGUACUUGUGUUAGGAAAUAAAAAGGACCUUGAAAAUGCCCUGGAUGAAAAGCAGCUUAUUGAGAAACUAAACCUGUCUGUCAUUCAAGACCGAGAAAUCUGCUGUUACUCUAUAUCCUGUAAAGAAAAAAAUAACAUAGACAUUACGUUGCAGUGGCUAAUUCAGCAUUCCAAAUCACGGCAGUAUUGAAAAUGCCACUUACUAAAUCCUCUCUCCCAGUCUUCUUUUAGUUCUGCCCAUUCUGCCUCGGCAGAAAGGGAGGAUGACGUGUAUUGCUACCAGGAUUUGUCACUCGGUGCAGGUUACUGCAGGUUUCAGCUGCCAGUUUUGUUCUUUUUUUCAUCGAGAAGUCAGAAUGUGGUUCGACCUUUUGUACUCUGCAUCUAUUUUGUCUUUCUAGCACUCACCCAAGAAAUACACCAAUUAUGUUGGAAUAUUAAUGUUCACUGUAUUUGCAUGCGUAAAUUCAGCUCAAGGGCCCUCUGUGCAAUAUGCAUUCUAUUGCAUUCCUUUCUCUCAACACAACAAAAUAUUCUUAGUCUGUCUCGUGUGAUUUCUACUUACUUGGCGUAAAGCCACUUAAGAUCUUUAUUUUCUAGUUAUGGAUUGACCAUACAGUUAUCAAUCCCAGUUGGCAUGGUUACCACUUUGUCUUUUGCUUGGAGACUACAAAUUGCAUAUUCUGUUAUAGUUAUGGUAUGGGUUCAGGUCAUGUUGAAUGUGUAUGUAUUUGCCUUGAAUACUUUUAAUGGGUUUGUUGUAAAUACAAAUAUUAUUCAUCAGGGUUGCCUUAUAUGUAUUAUGCAUAAUGUUUGUCUGCCAAAGGGAUCUUAUUCUUAUUAGAAUGUUCUAAUUACAAGCAACUGUGAUGGGAUGUGGUUGUUUAAUAGACUCUUUUUAUUUUAAUU